GCCGUUGCAAGCAUUUCUUUUGGUUGGGCGUCGCCUUCGACACGGUGGGCGCGACCGUGAUGUUCACCGGGGUCUUCGCCGAUCUGCUCUUCUACGACCUGUUGCUUUACCUGGGUUCCAUCAUCAUCUUCCUCAGCCUCCUCUGGUGGGUUUUCUGGUACAGCGGUAACAUCGAACUGUCUUCUGAAGAGCCCUUGAACAGGCCCUACCACCUGCCUUCCGCCACCACGCUGGAAGUCCUGAGUCAGACCAUCAGCAACCGUUUCUCUUUCAACAUGGGCAGCGUUUCCAACACCUUUAUGCGGAUGCGGCCGCGGCGGCGGCACCGCAAGAGGUUCCUGCAAGGGAGUGCUCUGGAUAUGACCGUCACGGGCCAGGUCGAAAACCAGCUAGACCAGGACAAAGACGGGAUGGAAGGUGCCAAGGAGAGCGGCGACGCUCAGGACUUCGGCAGCGAGGAUCUCCCCAAACCUGAAGCUGUCAAAAGUUUAAAGGGAGUUUGCUCCUUGGGCCCCAAUGCAGGUCCCCUAGGCACUGAGGCUAGUCUCCCAAGGUUUGUUAAAGGACCAUGGACCCAUCUGGUGCAGCCAUUCACUCCAUCUCCUCUGGACCAGCCUCUCACUCCAGCCAACCUGGCUUUUAAGAGCCUGCCCAUAGUCCCCGUGGCCUCUGCUAGCCAGCCUCUACCUAUUCUGAACUCUAAGAGCCAGCCUGUAGUUUCCUUGGCCUCUACGAGCCAGCCCCCUGCAGUUACUCUUGCCUCUGUGAGCCAGCCUGCUGCCCCCUUGGCCUCUACUAGCCAGCCUCUACCUAUUCUGACUUCUAAGAGCCAGCCUGUAGCUUCCUUAACUUCUACUACUCAGCCUCCGGUCCUGUUGGCCUCUAAGAGCCUGCCUGCUGUCCCUUUGUGCUCUACAAGUCAGCCUCUGACCAUCCUUACCUCUCAGAGCCAACCCCUGGUACCUGUGGCCUCUCAGAGCCACCCCCGGGUACCUGUGGCCUCUCAGAGCCACCUCCUGGUGCCUGUGGCUUCACAGAGCCAGCUCCAGACUCUUGCUCAGGCCUGUCAAACUCAGCCACUACCUCUUCAGGCUUCCCAAUCCCAGGGUCUGGCCACCCAGGUCUCUCUGCUCCAGCUUCUGCCCACCCAGUCUUUUCAGACCCAACCUGUGGACUCUCAGGUGGCCCAGGCUAUCCAGGACUUUCAGGCCAUGUAUCACACCCAACAGACCUCCCAGAGCAGCUCUUUAGUCCAGAGGAUUGGACCAAGCCAGUCUCCAUCUGCCCAGGAGUUUCACAAAGAGCCAGUUGCUUUCGAGACCCCGCCACCAGCAGGCCAGGAGCUAAGUCAGAACGCCCCUGACACUGCAUCCCUGCUCCCUGAGUCCCCGGCUCCAGCUGCUCAAGCCCAGCAGUCAGUGCCCCCCGGCAGGGCGCCCACCCCCGUCCCGGAGAGGAGGAGUCGCUCUCUCUAGCACAGAACCAGACCCCAGCCCUCCGAGUGGCCCUAAGGCCUCCACCAAAACUCACCAAUGUUCCUACAGAUUUAAGUGCAAGUUUAUAAAAGCACAAAUACUUACCUUAAUCUCGAUUUGGAAACCUCCAUCUGGAGCCCUGGCCUGUCUCAGCCCGGCAGACUUGACCAGCUGCCUCC